AAAUCAGAGGAAGUUCAAUUUGUAGGAAUAUGGGGAAUGGGAGGGUUAGGCAAAACUACUCUUGCUAGAGCUGUUUAUGAGAGAAUACACAGAAACUAUGAAGUUCAUUUAUUUCUUCAUAAUGUUAGAGAGGAAUCUGUAAAAGAUGGUGGUUUAAUUUCACUGCAACAAAAACUUCUUUCCCGUUUGAAAAAAUCAAUCAGAAUGGAAGUGUGUGACUGUUAUGAAGGAAGAAAGCUGAUGAGAAGAAUGUUAUGCAGUAAAAAAGUUCUACUUGUCCUUGAUGAUGUGAGUGACAUAAGCCAACUUGAGAAUUUGGCGGGAAAGGAAGGAUGGUUUGGCAAAGGGAGCAGAAUAAUAAUAACAACUAGAGAUCAACAUGUGUUAUUGUUGCAUGGUGUAGUUUCUCAGUAUGAAAUGAAUUUCUUAAGUCCCGAUGAAUCCCUUCAACUUUUUAUUCAAACAGCUUUCAAAAGAGAUCAGCCAAAUGAAGAUUAUUUGGAGCUUUCUAGAAGGGCGAUUAAUUCUGCUCAAAACCUUCCUUUGGCAAUCAAAGUGCUUGGUUCAUUUCUUUGUGGAAGAAGCAUACCAGAAUGGGAGAAUGCACUCAAGAAGAUUCCUUUAGAUGGCCUUUUUGAUAUACUUAAAGUGAGCUUUGAUGGACUGCGAUAUAAUGAGAAGAAUAUAUUCUUAGAUAUUGCUUGCUUUUUCAAUGGCUUGCGCAAGGAUGAUGUCAUACAAAUUUUAGAAAAUAGUGGUCUUCACCCAAUAAUCGGAAUAAGAACUCUUAUUCAGAAAUCAUUGAAAUGGGCAAGGAAAUUGUUUUUCCGAAUCACCCAUGAUGCUGGCAAUCGUAGUAGGAUAUGGUCCUUGGAGGAUGCUAGUCUUGUGCUUAGAAAUAUGAGGGGAACUGAAGCAAUACGUGGUAUAGUGGUACAAUUUGACAAACCAGAUGUCAUAUAUUUGGACCCUAAAGCCUUCUCAAAUAUGAGUAAUCUCAAGUUACUUAUCAUAUCACAUUCUUCACAUGACCAAUUGAAUCUUCUUCAUGGACUUAACUGUCUUCCCAAUUCACUGAAAGUCAUAGAUUGGAAGGAGUAUCCUUUAGAUUCCCUUCCAGGUCAAACUCAAUUUGAUGAACUUGUUGAUCUCAAAAUGCAACACAGCAAAUUAAAGGAACUUUGGAGGGAGAUCAGUUUCCACAAAGUCUAA